AUGACGCGUCAGAGGGUCGGUUUCGCAUUGCGCGGCUACCGGACUCGACUCUCGAGCGGAAGACAGUCAGUUGGCCAAAUUUGCCCACAAACCGACAUCAUCCACCAACAACCUUCGACAGCUCGUCGCGACCUACCGUUCCCUCGUUUGCAACUCUGCUUCACAACUUUGUCCGACGGCGUCAAGCUGCGAUGCAAUAGCGCAUUCCGACAAAUCAAGUAUCCUGUCCGUGCCCAGCCGCUACAGCUCAGACCGGAUAGGAAAAUCAGCCGACAUCGACAACGAGUGCGAAGAGAGUAA